UGCUUGUGCCUCCUGCCUCCUGGCCCAAACCAGCUGGACCAGCUUUCCCAGUGCCCUCCUGCAGCACCCCCUUCCCGCCAGCCAAGUCACAGCCUCCAGGGCACCUUCAGUCAAACGGGUGGUGGGUCCUGAUCUUGGAGACCUGAAGGUGGGCUUCUGGGCAGAGAUGGCCCUGCAGAGCCAGAUGUGGUCUCCGGCCACACCCAUGCCCAUGGCCGAGAGCUCCCUCUACCGGCAGCGGCUAGAGGUCAUCGCUGAGAAGCGGCGGCUGCAGGAGGCGAUCCGCGCCGCGCGCCGGGAGCUGGAGGAGGAGAAACUCCGCGUGGAGCGGCUCAAGAGGAAGUCUCUCCGGGAGCGUUGGCUAAUGGACGGGUCGGCUGAGGGGACGGAGCGGCAGGAGGAGUCUGUCUCGAAAGACCCCCAGUCACCUGAGGGCCAGGCUCAGGCCCGAAUCCAGAACUUGGAAGACAGCUUGUUCACACUCCAAUCCCAGCUGCAGCUGUUGCAAGGUGCAUCCACAGGUGCCCAGCACAAGUCCUCAGGCAGGCCCUCCUGGCGCAGACAGGGUCACCGACCUCUCUCCCAGCCUACCGUGGAGGCAGGUCCCACAGACCACGCUGAUCUGAACAAGAGAGCCUCCCUACCAGCUGGACCAGUGGACACGUCCCCAGAGUCCCCCUCUGAGCCCAGAGAUGAGGCUGUCAGGGCUCCACCAGCCCUGAGGUUGUUCCCUGGGGCAGCAGGGGCCUCCUCAGAAGCCAAUGGCCCCUGCCCUGGACCCAGCCCCCUUCCAGAGCAGGAGCCUUGUCAGGGGCAGGCAGCAUCCAAGGGGGGCGUGGAUGAGGCCAAAGAGGGUGUGGUGAAGGUGGUAUGGGAGGGGCUGAGGGCCACAGAGGACUGUGCCAUGGGGGCCACGGGCCCAGAGCUGGAGGCUAAGGUAGAGGAGAUGGUGUUGGAGGCAGCUGGGGACAGGCAGGAAGCCAGCUGCCCAGAGCUCCCCUCCUGGGUGACAGAGGACAGGGGCAUCGUGGAGGUGGUCUGGGAGGGGGUGGGAGGACCGGACAGCAGAGACUCAGAGGCCACAGGGGAGGCGGGCAGGGGCCAGAAGGCUGCGCGGACUGGCUCCUCGAGGCUUCAGGUGAGACUGGAGGGAGCAGCUCCUGGAGAAGGUGGCGUUCCCAGGGGCAGCCCUGAUGCUGAUGGGCCAGGGGGCUCUGGAGGAGAGGAGGGGUCUUUCAUUUGGGUGGAGAGGGUGACCCUCAGCGAGGAGUGGGAGGAGCUGGUGGUGGAGGGAUUGGAAGGGCCAAGGGUGUGGGGAAAGGGGGGAGGACCUGAGAGUCCACUGGGGGCAGAGAGGGGGGCAGGGGAGGAAGCCUGGGAGGCAGGGAGAAGCCAAGCAGAGGAACCAGUGGGCGGAGGAAAGGGGAGUGAGGAAAAGGCAGGGACAGAGCAGGAAGGAGCAGACAUGUCUCUGAUGGUGGAGAGGGAAGGAAGCAAGCCAGAGCAGACAGGGGGUGAGGAAAAGCUGGGGACAGAGAGGGAAGCAGUUGAGGGACCUCUGAGGGCAGAGAGGGAACAAGGCGAGGAGCCAUUGCGAGUAGAGCAGAAAGGAGGUGAGGAAGAGCUAGAGGCAGAGAAGGAAGAUGAGGAACCAUUGGGAGUAGAGCAGAAAGGAGAUGAAGAAAAGCUAGAGGCAACUGAAGAGCCAUUAGUGAUGGAAAGAAAGGAAGGCAAGGAAUCACCAAAGGUAGAGAGAACGGGAGGUGAGGAGCCACUGGAGGCCGAGGAAGGAGGAGGUGAGGAACCACUGGAGGCAGAGAAGACCGAAGCAGUCGAGGAAGAUCCGAGUCCAGAAGAGCAGAGAGAGUCCGGGGGAGGACAGGAAUGUCAGGCAGAGGAGGUGAGUGAGGCAGGGGCUCCCUUGGGGGCCAAGGAAGAGUCAAGGCCAGAAGAAGAACCCCAGCCCCAGGAGAAGCACGAAGGCUCCCUGGAGGAGAGAUCUGUAAGACCCCAAAGCCCUGCUCAGGGCCAGGGCCCCUUGGGGGACGCCACACCCCUCCUGGCGGAGACCUCCGCCCCACAGCAGCCUGCCGAGUGCCAGCCACUUCUUCGGGCGCAAGGGCCCAGGGCCCACCCCAGCGCCCGGCCCGUGCCCACCUAUGCCCCCGCCCGGCAGCCCGAGCCAUCUGCCCCUGCUGAGGGUGAAGAGGCAAGCGGCCCGAAGCAGAAGACGUGCCAGUGCUGUGCGGUCAUGUGAGCCCACGCCCUCCGCCCCGCCCCCAGCGCCUCUCACAGCUACCUCGGCCUCUUGGCGUCCAGCGGCGGCUUCCAGGCACAUGCGCGGGGGGG